AUGGAACCUCCGGGGCGCUCCCCUCUGCCCUAUGGAAAUGCCUGUGCCACCUGUGCUCGUGCCAAAUGUCGUUGCGUCCCCCGCGGUGGCGGCCGUUGUGAAAGAUGUCAUCGUUUGAACAAAGACUGUCGUACCUUGCCAAGCCGUCGAAAGGCCCGACCCUUGUCCAAGGCGGUUCAGCUGGAGCGGAAAAUGGACGGUUUGAUGAAGCUGCUGACCUCUUCCGCCGGUCGCACCGACCUGCCAACCCCGGUCCGGGAGCCAGCCGACGUGCCGGGGCGCGAACAACCUGCGAACGAACCUGUCAGAGAAGAAAGAGAGGAUGAAGAAACCGAAGUUGGGGAAGAAGAGGCGCUACAUUCUUUUCGGAACCGGCUGCAGUUCCUUCCCCUGAUCCACAUCCCUGCCACCACAACCGCGCGGGAUUUGACACGACAGUCCCCCUUUCUUUGGCGUUGUAUUGCAGCGGUGGAAAAGAAGCAUGCAGCUUCGCAAGCUGCAUUAUGUGUAGGCAUCCGGGAGUUAGCAGGGCGGCGACUGCUGGUGGACUGCGAGAAAUCCUUGGAUCUCUUGCAGGGGGUGUUGGUCUAUCUCGCCUGGGUCACAUUUCAUAGCCAGCCGCAAAAGUCCUCACUCUGUAUCUAUGCCCAAAUGGCGAUCGGACUGGUCUUCGAGCUGGGCCUCAAUAAGCCCCCGCCUCCGGAUCUGAGUAUGAUCGUCUCCAACAACAAUGCCGUGGGUCACCUGCCAGGGCUGAAAGCCUCUAUUUCGACCCGGCGCACGAUGAACGAACGCCGUGCCGUCUUGAGCUGCUUUGUGAUGACUUCGAUAAUCGCACAGUUUCUUGGUCGAAUGGAUCCCUUACGAUGGACCUCGCACAUGCAGGAAUCUCUCGAGGUCCUCGCAGGGAGCGAAGAGUCGCCGGGCGAUGGGGUUCUUGUUCAGCUCACACGCACGCGACUGCUCGCGGACCAGAUCCUGCAAGGCCCCUGGAGCGAAGGCCUGUAUGGGCUCCAUCCAGCGCAAGCCGUCGCCGCCUUCCAUCUCAAGGCGCUGCAAUCGCGGUUGGAGGCGAUCAAGGCCGAGAUCCCCGUUUCACUAGCCGAAAACAAACCAAUUCUUUUCCAUUUUUACGACACCGAGAUCACUCUCUAUGAGGUUGCCAUCGCGAAACCCCCUGCAGACGAGGAAAUGAGCACCCAGCGACUCGAUCACCUCUACGCUGCUCUCCAGGUGGUGAAGCGGUUUUUCGAUCUUUUUUUAACGAUCGCUCCGGCGGGAUACACCUCCCUGGCACUGCCGAAUUUGACCCAGGUGUCACACUGCCUGGUGACCCUCUUGCGCCUCUCCACUCUGGACUACCCGGGCUGGGACAAGGCCGCAGUCAGACGCUCAGUGGACAUCCUGGCUGUGGCGGAGCAGAUCGCCACGCGUAUGGGCCAGGUCGCGGACGCGGUCGGGAUUCAAAGCGAGGGUGCGUGCGAUGAUCCCUUUGGCAAGCUGGGAAUGAUAAUGCAAAAGCUGCGGAGUGAGUGGGAGUUACGACUCCAAGAGGCCGUCGACUGGGAACCGUUUCUGUCCAACAUGGAGUUGGGGGAACUGGAAAACCUCCUGAGCUGGUCGGACCUGGCGUGGUCAACCGAGGGAAUUGCGUAA